CGAAAUGCAGACAUAAUGUUUGGGGUUUCGGCGUCCCCCCCCCCUCGUUCUUCGACUGAGCCAUUCCCCCCAGCCCGGAAGAGAAUCGCGGUAGUCGCCGGCUUAACGUCGUCGAACACGAUCUGUUCCCCCCGGCUAAGCAACUUUUCACGAACUCGAGGUCCGUUUGGAUCCUGAGGUGACAGCCGACAUCCAGAGCCCCGGCAGCCCACCCGUCCUUAAUUCUUUGGGUGGAGCCAGGACUCGUGCAUUGGUCCUGGAUGAUCAAUCACUCCCGGGGUCCCCUGGAUCGGCGAUCAACCCUAGGAUCACACCAACUGUUUUGUCAAAUCUUUUUCUGACAGAAUAAGACACCUGAAGAUUGCGCAUGGCAGACUAAUGUGCCACGGUACACUGGUUGGGAAUCACUGGACGAGAGAAGAUACUCAGUAUACAGUACACAGCUAUAUACAGGUGAAAGUAUAUUAUGAUGGAGGUUUUAGGCACCAGAUGUGACUCUGGGAUUUUACCACUCGUGGUGUUGGUCCUCUCCCCAGACACUAAGGAGGAAACUGUUGCAUGGCUACUGAGAAGGAUAAGAGAGAAACAGCAGAAUGGAGGUGCUGAACUGCUUGUGGAUCAGCUGUGCUCUGAAGUUGUGGAUGAAGAGAAAGAGAACCCCAACAUUUUUCUUGUGGCAGCUUCCUGGCAGAGACUACUGUCUGGUGCUGAAGAUUUGGGUCUCUUCAAGGAGUUCAAUGACGGAUCAAUGAGGAGUUUUACGUGUAUCAACAGCCACAGCUUUAAAGAAUUUCAUGGGGAUGGUGAUGGCUUCCUCAGCAUGGCGGAGUGCCAGCACAUAAUUAAACAUGAGUUGGAAACCUUACGAGCUCAAGACGAGACUCAUGUUCCAGGAUACACACAAGCUAAGCUGUACCCAGGGAAAUCUAUCAUUCGUAGACUGCUAUCCAAAAGAAUACUGAUCCAAAUGUUUCCCCUUCAUGACAAAGAGGAACUCAAAAGACUUUCUUUUAAGUGGUACAGAAAGGUCAAGACAUCCCUUCAGCCUCUUGAUGACAUCAGGCACUACUUUGGAGAGGGUCUGGCUCUCUACUUUGGCUUCCUGGAGUACUUCACAAUGGCCCUGGUCCCACUGGCCCUUAUCGGGAUGCUCUACUGUCAGUUUGACUGGGAGAAUUAUGACAAAUAUGUUUUCUUUGCCGUUUUCAAUCUUAUCUGGUGCACUGUUAUCCUUGAGUUAUGGAAGCGGUGCAGUGCCUCUCUAGCCUAUCACUGGGGCACACUGAGCAGAAAGAAGGUAUUUGAAGAACCACGGCCUGGUUUCCAUGGCAUUCUUGGGUUUAACCCAGUGACAGGGCGAGAAGAGCCUCUGUACCCCAAGGCCAAGCGGCAGCUCCGUAUCUACCUUGUGUCCCUCCCCUUUGUCCUGCUCUGUCUCUACCUUUCCCUCUAUGUCAUGAUGAUCUACUUUCAGAUGGAAGGAUGGGCUCUGAUGCUCCAUGAUAGGGACCCUACUUUCUGGACCGAAAUACUAUUGUUCAUUCCUGGGAUUAUCUAUGCUGUGGUCAUAGAGGUUAUGAAUCUCAUCUACAGAUAUGUUGCAGAGUUCCUCACAGAGUGGGAAAACCACAGGCUUGAGUCUUCAUAUCAGAAUCACUUGGUCCUCAAAGUAUUAGUUUUCAACUUCCUAAACUGUUUUGCCUCGCUGUUUUACAUUGCCUUCGUUCUGCAAGACCUGGUGCUGCUCAGACAGAAUUUGGCAACCUUGUUGAUCACGAGUCAAAUCAUAAAUCAGUUCAUGGAAGCUUUCCUGCCCUACUGGCUUCAGAGGGGACGCAAUAAGAGGAUGAUGAUGGAGCUCCCUUUGAAUGAGCAGGUGCGACUGGAAACUGACAUGAACACUUACUUGGGUACAUUUGAUGACUACCUGGAGUUGUUCCUUCUGUUUGGUUAUGUCAGCUUGUUCUCAUCGGUUUAUCCUCUGGCUGCUGUCUUUGUCGUUUUGAACAACAUCACGGAGAUUUACUCUGAUGCUUUCAAAAUGUGCAAUGUGUUUAAACGACCCUUUUCUGACCCGGCUGCAAACAUAGGGAUCUGGCAGCUUGCCUUUGAAGCUAUGAGUGUCAUUGCUAUUGUGACCAACUGCACACUUAUUAGCAUGUCUCCCCACGUCCGAGCUUACUUCCCCGACUCAGAGAUGCAUCUCAUGCUGUGGACAGUGGCUAUUGAGCACGGACUGCUGGCCUUCAAGUUUAUCCUGGCUUUCCUGGUUCCAGAUGUUCCCAAGCAUAUUGAGAUCAAACUGGCUCGUCAGGAUUUUGAAUCAAUGGAGGCACUCAAAAAAAAGAAAAUGCUUCAAGUCCCAUUGCUAAGACCUGCAAGUGAAGAGGAGUGAAGAACAAACACACAAUGAUGACCUCAAAAGACAGCAUUUAUGUCUUGAAUUCAGAUGACAUGAAAUCUCUAUUAAUGAAAUAUGUAUAAAUGAUAACAUGCUGCUGUAUAAAGGAAAUUGCUGUAAUAAAGGCUGAAUAUAUAUAUAUAUACAUAUAAA